CAACUCCAAUGUAGACGCGACUGUACAGGGAAGCGCAGUGACGGAGGCGGCGGCGGCGGCGCUCAGCUGUCUGCAUGGAGGAAACAGGCGCAGUGUCCGGGGUGUACGUCCGAGCAUCCCCCGGCACCAGCAUGAGCAGCCCGGACACUGUGCAGCGUGUGACCCCCGGAGUGUAGUCCGCUCUGUCCCCGUCAUCAGCCCGCACCCUAGUGAAGGAUGAGCCCGCAGUGACCGGAGAGCGCAGCUAUGGAAGGAGUGCUCUACAAGUGGACCAAUUACAUCACAGGUUGGCAGCCUCGGUGGUUUGUAUUGGACAAUGGCAUCUUAUCUUACUAUGACUCGCAGGAUGACGUCUGCAAGGGCAGUAAAGGAAGCAUUAAAAUGGCGGUGUGUGAAAUUAAAGUUCAUUCAACAGACAACACCCGGAUGGAGCUGAUCAUCCCCGGGGAGCAGCACUUCUAUGUGAAAGCUGUGAAUGCGGCCGAGCGGCAGAGGUGGCUGGUAGCGCUAGGAAGCUCUAAGGCAUGUCUAAGCGAUAACCGGACCAGGAAAGAAAAAGAAAUCAAUGAAACCAAUGAAUCACUGAAAACCAAAAUGUCAGAAUUGCGGCUGUAUUGCGACCUGUUGAUGCAGCAGGUGCACACGAUUCAGGAGUUUGUAAGUCACGAUGAGACUCGGCCAUCGCCCAGUGCUGAGAAUAUGAAUGAAGCCUCUUCUUUGCUCAGUGCAACCUGCAACACGUUUAUUACAACACUUGAAGAAUGUGUCAAGAUAGCAAAUGCCAAAUUCAAGCCAGAAAUGUAUCAGCUGCCUCCUCAUGAGUCUUUGGUGUCUGCUGUAUCUCCUUCCCCUGUACAAAUGAUGAAGAGAUCCAUGAGCCACCCAGGCAACUACUCUACAGACAGGAUUACCUAUUCCAUAAAGGAGUCUUCAUCGUCAAUUCAUCGGGUGUCUAACAGGAGGAGAAGUGCUUAUUCAGAUACUGAAGCAAUUAGUGAUGGACCAGUGGAGCACAAUGAGAGGCCUUUGCAUUGCCCACGGGUCAGAAUGAAUGGUGGAUUUCCUUCAGCAAGCAGUGCUGAAGACGGCAAGAUGAAGUCAAAUAAUCCGUCUGAAGCCGAUGAUUCUCCUGCCUCGGUCUCUUCCUGAAGCUUGAGACAAGAGCUUUAGGCGUUAAUGUACUUUGUAAAAGUCCUGCUAUGCAAUGGCAGCUGGUGUCAGACUUUCAUGACCUAGAAACGUUUGUCGGACCUUUUUAGAUGGAUUUCGCUGCACUUUAUAUAAUACUGUAGAGCAAACUUUGACGUGAGUUUUAUCUUUGUACAGUUUAUUUGCAAAAGUAUUUUCCUACUAACCCUUCACAGUCUGAAUGUGUGCAUUCUUGAUUAAGCGGCCGUACAAUGCAUAGAAUAUGCAAUUGCUAUUCCUUUUUUUUCUUUUACCAUGCAUAAAACUGACAGGUUAGACCAAGUGCUUUAUAGAAUAGUGAUCUACUAAGACUUGAAAGCCAAAACCAUUGGAUUUACAGGAGCCCUCUUCUGCAGUUUCCUUUUCUACAUCUUCUUGCCCCAUAGAAGUAUGUGAGUACUAUAUAUCUGGAUACUUAACUUUUUUUUUUUUUCUCUCCAGAAUUAUGAUGCCAAAUUUAUGGCAAAACAUGGUGUGAGAUUUUUGGAAGGCUUUGUAUGCAAGGCAUAUGGCUAUUCAGCUAAACGAUAAACCCAGCAAUGAUGAGGGUGAAAUCCACCUUUAAAAUCAUUUGGUUGGCCUCUGCGCUGACCUCAUUCUUGGGCCUCAUGCACAAGACUGAUCCGCAUCCGAGUCGCAG